AUGUCACGUCACACGUCAAGUGCGGCCGGACGCGCAGCGGAUCAAUUUCGCAGCAACAACGACAGCGUCAGUGCCUCCAUUCGGCUCAUCUCGCCAUUUCGGCUGGGAAUCGUGCAAGCCACGAGCUGCAGUGGGCGGUGGCUGAGUCAUUUCUUUAAAGUCUUUGUUACAUUGUCAAGUGAAGAGAAAUCGGGCUCCGAUAUGAAAAGCAUCGCGAUUCAACACCCACGUUGCCAGCUCCCUUUUCGCUGGCAGCCGGAAAAUCGGUACACGAGGCAGUGCUCGUCUUUUGCUGCCAAGUCGAAACUGUUGCCUCCUCGCUACCACCGUGCAGCAGGGAGGAAACGGCAGCGCCAACCCGGAACGCGUCGACCGGAUCGCGAGCUCACUCUAGAGCUGACCCAUCUCGCGCGACAUUUCAUUUCUACGGCUCGACGGCACCGUUUGAUCCGCGACCCCGCUCCUCUCCUCCGCCUUGCUCCAGGAUAUUGCUCUCGAAAGUCGCCGCACCCGUCCACUUCCGACGUCAUCGACAGCCACCUUGACUUGCAACUUUGA